GCCUCCUGGCUGCUGAAGCAGAUGGCUCUGCCGGUCGCCUUGACAACUUGACUGGAAAGCGCGCCAAUCGUGCACGGGCGAAUUUUAUUUAUUAUUCAGUCUUUUUGCCAUGGAAACGGAUGAUUAAUGCAAGAAAAUUGGCCAAUUCUGGUUAUAUUUAGGGAUAAAAUGAGCGUCUCGAAUUUCUUGCAGGCACAACUGCCUUUUGAGGUUGAAACCAGCACGUCACCUACACGACAAGGUGGAGCAUGGGAUCAGCAAGAGCUCUUGGAAUUCAUGGACGCUGCGGAAGAAGGAAAGGACGAGAGCGAAAUCAGCAUAAAUUUCGUCAACUACCACACACCUUUCAAAUGCCAGAGGAAUACUCUCGUCCAAGUGCUCCGGAUGGAGGCUGCGACCACGUCGUGUCUGCUCUUGGCCACUCGCAGGGCGACGGUCACGGUGGCGAGUGGAGACGCGAUAAGCGAUGUCCCCGUCGCUUCGUAUGAACUGCCCGGAGGUGGAAAAAGCGGCCCUUCGUUGGUCGACGCGGUCCUGAUGGAGGACGCCAGCGCCGUGGCGUUCGCGCUUUCCAACAGGACACUUCAUUUUUACGACACCAGCUGCUCCAGACGCAGCGACGCCGCACAGGAACACAGACACGCGUGGCGGGUGAUUGGCUUGAAAAGUUGCAUUACGUCAAUGUGGUACCACCCUGGGGAAACGCAGUCGACCUUGUUCCUGGGCGACGAACAAGGAGCAGUCACGACCAUCACUUUUCUGCAGCCGAGUUUGCUGCUCUUCAGUCACAAAUCUUCCGACUCUCAAGCUGGACGCGCGGAGACAAUUUACUGGCCGGAAUUAUUUGAAGAAAAAGGCGCUCACGCAGCUCUAGCACGCGCUCAAACGCAGCGAAAAGUGCACGCCGAACCAGUACUGCAGGUGUUUUUCUGCCCUGCUCAUCAGGUGGUGCUCUCCUGCUCCCUGGACGCGAACAAGUCGAUGCGGAUGUGUCACGCAGACCGCCGAUUACCCUCUUAUAAAUUCUCCGUCGAUAUGGGAGUUCGUCGCUUUGCAUUUGAUGCGCAGAGGUUUGAGGUAGCUUCAGCGAGUGACGACGGAAUAAUAAGGAUCUGGAACCCCCUGGUGCCACGGACUCCGGUACUCACCCUCCAAACGCACGAGGCUCCGAUUGUGGACGUCCUCUACUCGGGCCGCUUGCUGUUCAGCGUCUGCAAAAACGCAGAGUUCAGGAUUUGGGAAAGUAAUGGAGCUCUCAUGCGGAAAGUUCAAUUGGAAGUGCCGACGUCGCCCAAGUGGAGCGGCGCAAAAAAUAUUUUCGCAGGGGGCAGCAGCACCAUUCUCGUCUCCCUCGGACCGAAUCUGGCCGAAAUUGGACUAGGGGCGCCUGAACCGUCAUUUCGAAACAGCCCAACGGACGCGGAUUCUUCAAGUUCACGUUGCUCUUCAGCGCUCAAAUUUGGUUUUAACACAGAGCAAACUGCAUCUGAAUUUCCGUCUCGCCAGAUUUCUCUAAACAAAGAAUUUGGUUUCAUAGAACCAGAUAUGAAAAUUCCCCACAUGCCAAUGUCAGCUCUACAAAUUUUUAAUGAAAGAAUGUCAAAAGAAGAUGAUGGAACGUCUGAAUUAAAAACACCAGGAAUCAAUGAGCGCAUUGAAAAGCAAGAGCGAAUUUUGGCGAAAAGAAGAUACUUCGUGGAAGAGUGCGCGCCUCACUUGGCCCUGUCACUUUGCGAUCCCGGAAUCGUCGCUCCGUCUAGAGUACCGAAGCUCGUUUUGCAAACCGACUUCAACUACUGAACGACCAAAUAGAAAGUCAAGCACUUCUGUAAUGUCAUCCUCUGACAUUUAAAACAAAAAUAAAAGGGAUUUUAAUUCCGAGCUUUC